AUGGACCGCGUUAAAUUCAUCGCUCAGAAGCGUACAACGCUUAAAGCGAGAUUAACGGCAUGGCAAAAUGCUCACGCACAAAGUCGAUUUGAUAAAGUCGGUCUUAAAUUACGUUUCGAUAGAAUCACGGAAUUAUUUCGAGCGUAUGAAGAAUUGCACGACGAACUUGCUAUACUCGAACCGGAAAAUGAAAUAUUAAAUGAGAUCGCGCGUCUGGUAAUGAAUAUGAACGAUGUAGAACCGUCGACAGUUCAGGUCGGAAACGUCAGUCUCGCGAGUUCGACUAUGAUCGAAAGACAACGGCGCGCCAAACUGCCGGUUACUGAAUUACCAAAGUUUGAUGGUAACAUACAAAAUUGGUUAUCGUAUAGAAAUUCCUUUUUAUCAAUGAUCGACACUCGCCCGGAUAUAUCCGAUUUAGAAAAGUUCAUUUAUCUGCGAGAUUCGUUGAGAGGAGAAGCACUUACUAAAGUCUCGGUACUCGACGUAAGCGCGGAUAAUUACAAGCUCGCGUGGGAUUUACUUAAGGAAAAUUACGAAAAGAAACGUAUAAUAAUAGUGCACAAACAUUUUGAUUGUAUUCUAGAUUUGCCGAAAUUAAGUAAACCUACAUACAAGGAUCUGUCGAAACUUGUCGACGAUGUACGACAACAUAUAAAUGUUCUAAAGCAUUAG